CGCAGGAAGAGGCGUGCCUCACUCAAACUGAAGGAAGCCACGCUGAGAAAACACACUUGUAUUUAGGAGGGUCUUCCCCUUCCGAGUGGCGUCCGCGCUUGCUUCCUUCGUCAGGCACCUCCCGCCUCACGCCUUGCUUCCUCCCGUCUCCCAGAGUCUACACACCUGCACUCUUGAGGCACCUCCCGCCUCACGCCUUGCUUCCUCCCGUCUCCCAGAGUCUACACACCUGCACUCUUGAGGCUGCUGGCGAGAGGAACUGCCGUCCCAAGCCCUCCACCAUGGCCGCCGCUCCGAAAGUUUGCGUCCGUCGCAUUAAGCUUAUCUGUCUCAUGGAGAACGCAGGCAAGGACGUCUUGACCUUCGUGUUGAAGCGCGGCGCGCUGAACGCCCCCGCCACGCCGCCGGGCCAGUCCCUCACUGACUACCUUGACAACUUCCCUGAAGACUCGACAGCCAACUAUGGAAGGAUGAGUAAAAAACAAAAGAAAGCAGCAGUGAACCACACCGACCGCCGCCAAGCACAACGCUUCCCUUUAUGGGACAAUUUUGACGUGACUUUGCUCUGCAAAGCAAUAAAGCUGACGUGCGAAGGCCUGGCGAGAGAUGGCGAUCCCGAAUGGGGGAACCAGAACACCCUGGAGGGAUUGGUAACGAAAAUCAAGGAUGAGCGGAAUGAACUCUUUCAUGAAGUGAAAUCUUUCAGCGAGGCAGAGUACCAGCACAAAGUCAACGAGUUAGAACACCUCUUUAUCCGAGUCCUCGCCGCAGCCAAGACCAAAUACUGCAUUCCUGACGCAGAGGUGACACCCGUGCAGGACAACGCCCGGCAGGUCACUGAUACCUUCAGAAAAACAGGAAUGGAGAAAGAAAUUUUAAAAGAUUAUUUCAGUAUCAUGCACCAAGAAUUUCUGAGAGACAGUCAGACCCACCUCAAAACAUCCUAUGAUCGAGUGCAAACCUUUGAUCCUCUGUCCUUCCUUACCAACUCCCCAAAACACCACCAUCACAUCCAGGACAUUUUCUGCAAGAUGUCCCUCGUGGAAGGAAGAGGACACCUCCAACAGAGGCGAGACAUCGACACUUGCGACGUGCUGACGGUGACGCGCCGCGCGGGACAGAAUCCACAGCCGUCCACAUCCUCAUCGGCCACGCCGCCCACGCACGGCGCCAAGCCACAGCUCAUCCUGAUCAGGGGCGUGGCAGGAAGCGGCAAAACGACCCUGCUCACCUUCCUUGUCUCAGAGUGGCUUCAGGAGCCCGGCGCCUGCACCAUCAAACACCUGGACGAGUACGACAUCGUGGUGCGUGUCUUGUGCCGCGAUAAUGAAGGCCCAUCUCUCCAGAACUUCCUCAAAGUGAUCCUCCCAAACCAUUUUGCUGUGAUGGACGAACACCUCAUCCCCCUCCUACAACAAAGCAAAGUUCUCUUCCUGAUUGACGGCCUGGACGAACUGUCGCCAGGCACUCCAUCACACAGCCUUGUGAAGGACAUCCUCUACAUAUCGAAAUACUCGCCAGGCUUCACACUCGUCUGCACAUCGCGUCCCGAAACAGUGCAAGACUUCCUGGCCAAAUUACCUGAUGGUUAUGAGGUGUGGGACAUGGAGAUGAAAAGUGUUAGCCAUGAACAAAGAAUUCAUUUUGUCAUGAAGCAUUACAACAGCUUCCCAGACAAGGGGGACAAAGACCCUGAGAGGCUUGAGUACCUCAUGAAACACAUUGGCUGGAAGGAUUACCUCGGCCUGCCAUUAAAUCUAUUGUUCGUGGCAACACUUUUCUACAUCGAUCAAGACAAGAUCAAGAUCACCACCACCCAGACCAGCCUGUACGUCACCAUUCGAGACUGGUGCAUAGAAAAACUGCAGGGCAGACUCACAGAUGAUCCACGAGACACAAAGACCCGCGAGGUCCUCAUCUCUAGGGUUCUACAAGAUAUAUACGACAUGUCAUUGCAAGGUCUUCUACAAGACCGACUGACUCUGUCAAAACAGGAAGAGCAGAAGCUGAUUUGUUGCUGCCUUGGAAAAGGAUUACCCAGCAAGGAAGUCAUCCCAGCGUUUUUCAAUCUUCAAGACACCAGUGACAGGCUGGGGCAUCAUCAGAAGUACGCAGCCCCACACAAGAGCCUACAGGAAUUCUACGGUGCAUCAGCAAUCGUCCACAAGCUGGUGGAGGACUCACACUCAGCAAACAUACGUCGCAUGCUUCACGACCCGCCGCCAGAACAGCUCCGGAACUUGAGGAACCUGCUGCUGCACGUGGCAGGUCUCCUCUGCCACCCUAACACACCACUUUGUGCUGCAGCCAUACAAGAGGUGGUGGACCUGCUGGCGGAGACUGGUGUGGAAGACUGUGAUGAUUGGCUGUCCAUGCUGGAGGACACUGAAGUGAACAGGACUGCCUUGGAUUGUGUUGUCAGACACAUUACAAGUGAUGAGAGGGAGAGGGUAACAAUAACAGACAGCACCAUCACCAGUGCCAGGGCCCUCCUCCCCCUCAUCCCCUCCAAGAAGGUAUGGAUACAGCUAAGCAGGAAGGAAUCAGACGUGCAGGGGCUCAUCUUUGAACACCACAAAUACACUGAGCUGCACCUGCACCACCAAUACAGGCAUCCAGACCAAGCCACUCUCUGUGACUCCUUGCUGCGUGCCAUGCCCAGGAGUCACCUUGAGUGGUUCAUGGGUCACCUAAGUGGUGCCGGCACACAGCUGCUGCAGGAGUACCGGGGCCUGGAGGUGCUCAGCCUGGCCGUGUGUGACCAAGACGCCCAAGAGGUUCUGGCCGCCAUCAGCGCCGUCCACGCGUCGCUGCCUCAGCUACGCUUCCUCUUGCUACACGUCCCCGUGGGUGCCGUGAGGACACAGGCGUGCACCACACGGCUGCCUGGCUGCCCACGGGUGAUCCUCGUGUUGUCUGGCGUGGACGAGAGGCUGCUGGAGGAGGCGGCCCAGAUAGCACAGCUCCUGCAGCCCACACAGCGCCCAUACUGCAGCAUCAGGUUCCCCGGCAGCAGCAUGAAGGCAGAUGUGUGGCGGCGCUGCCUUCACAAGCUGGCCAAUGCCGGCGUCACGGUGCUUGGUGGUGCUGCUGGUGGUAUUGUAGCACCGGACACCAGCCCCAUCACGGAGGAGGAGCAGAGGGAGCUGCACACCCUUGCCACCACCACGAUGUUAGGUGCCUUCAAAAGACGGAAUGAAGAGCACCUGUGGCGGCGGUUCCUGUAAUCCCCGUGACGGCCAGACUCAUCGGUGCUGGAAGUGCAUCCACUCACGAGGCAAACACCUGGGCUGCAUUUAUCCUACUGCAUUGUGUGUGUACAAGUCUACAGUGUGGCGCUCUCUCUCUCUCUCUCUCUCUCUCUCUCUCUCUCUCUCUCUCUCUCUCUCUCUCUCUCUCUCUCUCUCUCUCUCUCUCUCUCUCUGAUGAUUCAAAUUAUAUUCCUAAGUUUGUUAGAAUUCUUAAGUCUUAAUGUAGUUUCUCUCUCUCUCUCUCUCUCUCUCUCUCUCUCUCUCUCUCUCUCUCUCUCUCUCUCUCUCUCUCUCUCUCUCUCUCUGAUGAUUCAAAUUAUAUUCCUAAGUUUGUUAGAAUUCCUAAGUCUUGACUCUCUCUCUCUCUCUCUCUCUCUCUCUCUCUCUCUGAUGAUUCAAAUUAUAUUCUUAAGUUUGUUAGAAUUCUUAAGUCUUGAUGUCUCUCUCUCUCUCUCUCUCUCUCUCUCUCUCUCUCUCUCUCUCUCUCUGAUGAUUCAAAUUAUAUUCUUAAGUUUGUUAGAAUUCCUAAGUCUUGAUCUCUCUCUCUCUCUCUCUCUCUCUCUCUCUCUCUCUCUCUCUCUGAUGAUUCAAAUUAUAUUCUUAAGUUUGUUAGAAUUCCUAAGUCUUGAUCUCUCUCUCUCUCUCUCUCUCUCUCUCUCUCUCUCUCUCUCUCUCUCUCUCUCUCUCUCUCUGAUGAUUCAAAUUAUAUUCUUAAGUUUGUUAGAAUUCUUAAGUCUCUCUCUCUCUCUCUCUCUCUCUCUCUCUCUCUCUCUCUCUCUCUCUGAUGAUUCAAAUUAUAUUUUUAAGUUAGUUAGAAUUCUUAAGUCUUGAUUCUCUCUCUCUCUCUCUCUCUCUCUCUCUCUCUCUCUCUCUCUCUCUCUCUCUCUCUCUCUGAUGAUUCAAAUUAUAUUCUUAAGUUUGUUAGAAUUCUUAAGUCUCUCUCUCUCUCUCUCUCUCUCUCUCUCUCUCUCUCUCUCUCUCUCUCUCUCGCUGUUUGUGUGUGUGUGUCCGUGGUGGUGGGUGAAGUUUGAAGUUGUGUUGGUAAGGUGGUGGCGAGUGUGAGUGUGAAGUGUCGGUGUGCAGUGUGUGUGAGAGCCAAGUGUCAGUUAGGAUCACGUUAGUACAAGGUGGGCCCAAGCAAAGUUGUGGUGCAGUUUGCAAUGAUUGUUGAUGGUGCACGUGCAGUUUUCCUCGUGGCAAAGUUCACGCCAGAAGUGAGAGAGUCAAGUCACCACAAGACAAGGCUCAGUGUUCUGUCGUGAAGUCUGCGGUGACUGCUGCUAUCACUUCCCACCUGCAGUAUAUACCUUUUAGCAAAGUUUACUUACAAGUUGUGAGUCACCACAAGCCCGGGACUCAACACUCUAUUCUUUAGUGCCUGAUGAUUCUUAAUUGUUCAUCUGCAGUUUGUGUUGCAGCAACGGUUGCGCCAAAACUAUGUUAGUGCGCGCCGAGGAUGCAAGAUGACUGAUUGUCAGUGUUGCGUGCGGUGCGUGUGUUUAGGCCAAGUGUAAGUGACGGCUGAGUUAGUGCAAGAUAAGGCUGAGUAGUGUUCUGUUCUGAAGUGUGAGGCGGUUCUUGGGGUCACUUCCCACCUGCAGUAUGUCUUGUGGCAAAGUUGAAGCUGAGAAUUAAGUUAGUACAAGCGGAGGAUUCAAGUGAUUUGGUUCACCUCACGGUGAUUCUUAAUGUUUGUUGCACCUGCUGUUUGUCUUUAGGCUAAGUUAAGUUACAACUAAGCUGAGUUACAACCACAAGCUGAGGGUGAAGGCUGCUGCUGCUGCUGCUGCUGCUGCUGCUGCUGCUGCUGCAUGCAGUCUUCACCUCAACUUGGUCAGGUUGAUGCUUUCUUCAUUUCUGUGUUGAGUUACAAGUUUACUACAAGUGGUGGCAGGUUUGUCACGUUCUCGUAAGUGGAUGCACGGGUGUGAGUGUGGCGGUGGUGGUGGUGGUGGUGGUGGUGGUGAGAGCCGUGCAUUCCCCAGGGAAGGGGAACGCCCGCCACGUGCAAGUGUGGCGAGGAGCUUCACCACAAACACUGUAUUCUCUGUACCACACAUGGCUGAUUCCCUCAUUAAAAGCUGUAGUACAA